AUGGCUGGAGCAUUAUCUAACGCAAAAGAUAACUUACCAAAAAUAAAAGAUGUUGAAAGAGAGAGCGAAUUUGGUUAUGUCUAUGGUGUGUCCGGUCCAGUCGUGGUUGCGGAACAAAUGAAUGGAUCUGCUAUGUAUGAAUUGGUGAGAGUUGGUCACGAAGAACUUGUUGGCGAAGUCAUUCGUAUUGACGGUGACAAAGCAACGAUUCAAGUUUAUGAGGAAACUUCUGGAGUUACUGUUGGAGAUCCAGUAUUAAAAACCGGAAAACCUCUUUCAGUUGAGUUAGGACCUGGUUUGAUGAGUAAUAUUUAUGACGGAAUUCAACGACCACUUAGGUCUAUCCGAGAAAUUUCUGAUAGUAUAUAUAUUCCACGUGGUAUCGCAACUCCCGCGUUGGAUAAAAAAAUACAAUGGGAUUUUGAACCAUUAAAUUACAAAGUCGGUGAUCAUAUUACUGGUGGUGAUAUAUUUGGCAAGGUUUAUGAAAAUUCUUUAGUGAAUGCUCAUAAUAUAAUGCUAUCACCAAAAGCCCUUGGUACAAUCACACAUAUUUCUGGAAAAGGCAGUUAUACUUUAGAGGACAUCGUACUUGAAACUGAAUUCGAAGGUCAAAAAUCCAAACAUACAAUGAUGCAAAUUUGGCCUGUGCGUUCGCCUCGCCCUGUCACAGAAAAAUUGGCAGCUAAUUAUCCAUUAUUGACUGGUCAACGUGUUUUGGAUGCUCUUUUCCCCUGUGUACAAGGUGGUACAACUGCUAUUCCUGGAGCUUUCGGUUGUGGCAAAACGGUUAUAUCACAAUCUUUAUCUAAGUACUCUAAUUCUGAUAUUAUUAUAUAUGUUGGAUGUGGAGAACGUGGAAAUGAAAUGGCUGAAGUAUUAAUGGACUUCCCAGAGCUUAGCAUUAAUAUUGAUGGUCGUCAAGAAUCCAUCAUGAAACGUACAACAUUGGUAGCUAAUACUUCAAAUAUGCCUGUAGCCGCUCGUGAAGCUUCCAUUUAUACUGGUAUUACAUUAUCUGAAUAUUUCCGUGAUCAAGGCAAGAAUGUUGCAAUGAUGGCAGAUUCGACCUCUCGUUGGGCUGAAGCUCUCCGUGAAAUCUCCGGUCGAUUGGCUGAAAUGCCGGCUGAUAGUGGUUAUCCUGCUUAUUUGGGUGCUCGUUUAGCCUCUUUUUAUGAACGUGCUGGUAAAGUAACGUGUCUUGGUAAUCCAAAACGCGACGGAAGUGUUACUGUAGUUGGAGCUGUAUCCCCACCUGGUGGUGACUUUUCUGAUCCUGUAACAUCGUCAACACUUGGUAUUGUGCAAGUAUUUUGGGGUCUAGAUAAAAAACUAGCUCAACGCAAACAUUUCCCUUCAGUAAAUUGGUCUUUGAGUUAUUCAAAAUAUCUCAAAGUUUUGGAGACAUUUUAUGAAUCGAAUGAGCCAGAUUUUAUUGCUCUCAGAGAUAAAACUAAAGAGAUCCUUCAAAAGGAAGAAGAUUUAUCUGAAAUUGUCCAGCUUGUUGGAAAGAGCGCACUUGGUGAGGCUGAUAAAAUCACUUUGGAAAUUGCAAAAAUUAUAAAAGACGAUUUCUUACAACAAAAUGGUUAUUCAAGUUAUGAUCGUUAUUGUCCAUUUUAUAAGACUACUUGGUUACUUAAGAAUAUGAUUGGUUUCUAUAAUUCUGCCACUCAUGCCGUUGAAGUUACUAAUAAUGAGAUAACAUGGGCUAAGAUUAGAGAAUCAAUGAAUGACCUUAUUUAUAAACUCAGUUCUAUGAAAUUUGAAGAUCCUGCUGAAGGUGAAACAGCUCUUCGAGAACGUUAUCAACAAUUGCAAACAGAAAUUCAAGAAAGGUUCCGACAAUUACUUGAAUAA